GCGUUGUAUGUUAUGAAACGCCACUUCGAAAACUCGCGUGCCGACAUUUUAUAUCUACUUCGGUCGAUGUCGUGAUUCAACUUGGCGUGGACUUUUCGAAACAGACAGAAGGCUCGAAAAAUCGAAAAAUCCAUAAAGAAGAAGAAGCAAGAUCGGGGGCUUUCGUCGAGACGCCGUGUUGUGCGGGUCGAAGGAUUUGAUUAUUAAAUCGUUCUUCGUCGUGAUAAUAAGGAGGAACCGAGGAAGGCUGCGAAUUCUCUUCGAAAUUCGUCGAGACUAUUGACGCUGCAUCCAGGAGACUACAGUCUCCGUUCUCUUUCUCUAUCUCGUUCAUCAAUAAGUUGCAACCAUGAGCUAUGGUUACAAUAAAUACAGUUCCACCAUGAGCUCUCGCGGCCGUGGAUUUAUUCCUCGUGGAGGUGGGUCUUACAGAGGUCGAGGUGGUGGAGGAGGGAAUGAAUGGAGUAGUGGUUCAGCAGGUGGAAAUAUAUCUGGCAGAGGAGGCUAUUCAUCCUCAAGAGGCGGUAGAUUCAAAUAUUCUACAACGAGCUAUGAUUCUCGCUCCAAAUAUAAUUCAGGAGGAUCAGAAAGAUAUUCGAGCAGGGGUGGUCGUGGUGAACACUCGAACAGUUAUAAGAGACCUCGUGAUUCCUAUUCCGGUAGGGACGAUCAUCGAUCAUCCAGCGACUCUGCGCGCAAAAGGAUAAGAAGUGAUUCUUAUCAGGGUGGAGGUGGUAGCGGAAGCGGCUCACAGAGGUACUCGUCGUACGGCGGCUCCUCGGCAUCGUCCGCACCCUACGACGAUAAUAAGGGCUCGUCGUCGUCCGCCGUUUACGAGGACAAGAGACAGAGCGAGCGCGCCUCGUCUUACCACCGCUCCGAGGAUCGUCACUCCCAGUCGAGGAGCUACGCGCCCCCGCCACCACCGAGGAUUAGCGAAAUGGCGCCGCCCCCGACUCAGAGAUACGCCUCGAGUCGCGGGAGAAUAUCGCACCAGAGCUCGAAUUACCGGGGUCGGAUCUCGACCCGCGGCGGCGGCGGCGGCAGCAGCGGCGGCCGCGGGAGCGCGUUCCACCGGGUCAGCUCGCGCGCUGACGUCAUCAUGCGCAAGCGUACCCUGCACUCGCUCGACUAUCGCCGUAAGAUCCUGGGCUCGCGCUCACGCGACUACAUCCAGCGUAUGCGCAUGACCACUACCAAGUUGCGCCGGAGUAGCGGUACUACUAGGCUACGAAGUAAAAAGGACUCGGGAUCGGGAAGCAGCGUGAAGGACAAGGAUAGAGAGAUGGCCAAAGCCAUAAAUGCCGAAUUUUCCGAUGACGAUGAUGAAGAGGAUGAUAAUAAGAGUAAUUGGGACGACGAGGAGAAGCCGCACGAAGGUGAUGAAGAGGAAGAAUUGGAAGAGGAAGAAGAGAAGAAGAAGAAGGAGGACAAACGCAAGAAGGAGAAACAGGAUAGAGAAAGGGAACAUACCGAGGAUGAGGAAGAAAAAGACGAUGAUAUUAAAGAAGACGAUGAUGAUCAGAAGAGAGAGGAAGACGACGACGAUGAUAGGGACGAGGAACGGGACGAGAACGAGAAGGCGGAACGCGACAGGGCUACAGGUUCUGAAGAAUUACCGAGCAGGCGAGACGGUAGAAAAUUCAUCAAGCUCAAGUGCCCGCAUUGCGCCCAUCAUAGCGUCACGUUCAAGGAAUACUCGCUCCAUUUGUUCUCCGGUCGUCAUAGCGCGGCGAUGAAGCGUAUAGCGGCCCGACACAAGGCCACCCUCACCAGGAUGAGAGUCGUUCAACGUCAGGAGCAACGGCGUAUCGAGGCUCGAGACGCGGCACGCGGCACUUUGCCCUCGCGCACCAUGUUUUGUGCCAUUUGUAAACUUAACUAUCGAUCUCUGAAGGCUGCGCAUCAAUUGUCCGAGUCUCACCGACAGAUGAAACGAUUUCUGACACCCUUCUGUCGCGUCUGUCGCAUCCAAUUUCGAUCACCGAUGUUCUUCGAAACGCAUAUGUGCUCCCUGGAGCACAUUAAGAGGAAGAGUAUACUGCGAGAAAGAAUGAACGCGAAUGGGAGUGGCGAGGCUGAACCGGACUCCAGCGCGCCCGAGGAAGACGACAAGGAAGUUAAUCUUGACAACUUUAUGACGUUGGAUUCCGUAGGUGAUGUGGACGAAGAUGAAGAAUCUAAUGAUAAAAAGAAGGAGAAGACCGAGGGUGAAAGUUCGAGCGAAGCGGAAAAGAAAUCGAAGGGCAAACAAAUGAUAAAGGUCGGCGCGGAAUAUAUAAAACGUGUCGAGGUACAAUACUGCGAAUUGUGCAAGGUAUAUCUGCCACGCAACGAAAACACGGAAAGAGCACUCGCCCUACAUUGUUCCAUGCGUAGCCACCUGAAACGGUAUGUUCGAGAUAAUGAUGACAAGGCACUUAGACGUCAAGCGGAAAGAAUACACUUGCAGUCAUCGUCAUCCUCAUCGGCGAAUUUGAAUUCUACCAACUCGACUGCGAUCAACGCGUCGGAGGUGUCAAAGACCUCGCCUGCGAAUUCCGAACCGCAAGCCUCGACGAAUACGACGCCAAUGGUGAUCACGAUCGAUAAUAACGGCGUCGGCGACCCGGAAUACAUCAAGAUCGUGGAGGAAAAAUCGAAUAGCAUGGAAUCCGACAAGAAUGCGACAGACGGUAAGGACAAUCAGGGUGACGAGGAUGACGACGACGACUAUCACGCCCACGGUGACGAUAAAUUGACUUGGGAAGACGUUGAUAAAGAUCUAGGCGAUAUUUUAAGAGAAAGCGAGGCAGGAGCGUCGAAAUCGAGCGACGACGAGGAUUCGCGUUACGAUCGUUUUCGCAAUUCGGAUAAGAAGCAGCAGUCCGGAAAAGAGAAAGAAAGCGAAAAGAGUGAAAUCGAGGAUAAAAGCGGUAAUAACAAGAUUAAGGACAACGUGAAAGUUAAGGUCGAAAAGGCGGAUAUAUAAUUGUGAAAUCGUUCUUUCCUGCGCAUCUUUGUUUUAACUAGAUUCCGAUUCUAUUUCCGUUUUUUUCUUUUGAAAUCAUCUUGAUUUUUUUCUUAGAAAAAUUAUACAUUAUUAUUGUAUUUUUCCCAAACCA